CUGCGUCAGUCGUUGCUGUCUUUAGCAUCGUCUCUGGUCCGGCAAGGAAGGGUUUUGGUUUAGUGGUACAGUAGGUAAGCGAGAGUGAAAAAAAAAAACAUAAGGGAUGGAUAACUCCGGGAAAGAGAAGGAAGCAAUGCAACUGAUGGCAGAAGCUGACAAAAAAGUGAAAUCCUCGCAUUCUUUCUUGGGCGGCUUAUUUGGGGGGAAUUCAAAGGUAGAAGAAGCCUGUGAAAUGUAUGCCAGAGCAGCAAACAUGUUAAAGAUGGCCAAAAACUGGAGUGCUGCAGGGAAUGCUUUUUGUCAAGCAGCUAAACUCCACAUGCAGCUUCAGAGCAAACAUGACGCUGCUGCCAGUUUUGUAGAUGCUGGAAAUGCCUACAAGAAAGCAGACCCACAAGAGGCUAUCACCUGUCUAAAUGCAGCCAUCGAUAUUUACACUGACAUGGGAAGAUUUACAAUUGCUGCUAAACACCAUAUCACAAUUGCUGAAAUCUAUGAAUCAGAACUGGUGGAUAUAGAAAAGGCAAUUGCUCAUUAUGAACAAGCAGCUGACUACUACAAGGGGGAAGAAUCAAACAGUUCUGCCAACAAAUGUCUUUUGAAAGUGGCCGGAUAUGCAGCUCAACUGGAACAGUACCAAAAGGCCAUAGAGAUUUAUGAGCAAGUUGCAACAGGCACCAUGGAUAAUCCAUUGUUGAAAUACAGUGCAAAAGAGUAUUUCUUUAAAGCCGCUCUCUGUCAUUUCAUUGUAGAUGAGCUAAAUGCAAAGCUUGCAGUUGAAAAAUAUGAAGAAAUGUUCCCCGCCUUCUCAGAUUCAAGGGAAUGUAAACUUUUAAAGAAAUUACUUGAAGCACAUGAGGAACAGAACAGUGAAGCCUACACUGAAGCAAUCAAAGAAUUUGACUCAAUAUCUCGUUUGGACCAGUGGCUUACUACAAUGCUUCUUCGUAUUAAGAAAUCUAUUCAAGGCGAUGCUGGAGACCUGAAGUAAAAUAUUAUAUAGUUGCACUGGCAUGCAGCCAAAUUGUUACAGUUCUGUUUUGUGCAAUGGCCUGUGACUGUAAUGGGUACCUGUAUAUUUAAUGCUUAUAGCUUGAUUAUGUUGCUUUUGAACACGAGUUUUGUAUUAUUUUAAAUAAGUUUUCUGUGUAAACUUAAAGGGAAUGUGUACAGUGCCCUGUAUGGUUAAUCCAAAGGUUACCACAGCUGAGCAGAACUCAGCUAAAAGACAUAAAUUAAAUAUAUUUUGCAUUCAUUUGAAAAGAUGACAUGUUUAAACAGACUGAUGUAUCUAUCUGCCUUUAUUUUAAUUUAUUACUGUAACUUGAAAUUGGCUCUUUUGGUCCAGCCCACCUCCACGUAAAUUAAAUAAAAUGCUGUGAACAAGAAAAUGUGAUAUUACUACUUGUAUUGCACUAUAUUAUAACUGUGUACACUGAAGCAGAUACAAAUAAAUUGUACUGUUCUAAGAGAGGGUAUUCCGAAUUAUUUAGAAAACCAUUGUCACUUUUUAUUAUUUUGUAAAGAUGUAACAAGGAACUAUUGCGUUUAUUAAAAGCGGAACAAAAUUUGCACGUACUGAAGUCACCUGAACAAAUUUCAUUGAAUGUGAUAACUGUUGUGGAAUUCAGAUCCCCUAUCUUGGUCACAAAAUGAAUGUCCUCCAUACUGUUUUACAGUCCAUUUUCUCCUUUAUUGAGGCAUUUAAAUAUCAAACAAGUAAUAGUUUGUAUGUUGCAGUAAUCAAAUAAGGAAUGGUGCACAUCCCCUUUAAGCUAUGGGUAACAAGAAAUGGUAACAUUCUAAUAUCUUUAAAGGCCAUCAAAAUUCUCAUUUUACCUCACUAACUUAUCUUUGUAUUGUUUUAUAUCACUGAGAAAUCAUCAUAGAUGUAUGCACCUGCACCAUAUUGAUGGGAUGCAGUUCAUUUUUUUAACCGAAGAGUGGUGCAUUUUAGUACCACAGAAAAGGCAUUUUAGUAAAUGGCUCUGAUGUUCUCUCCCCUGUCCUUCUCUAUCUCUCUCAUUCAUUUAUUUAUUUGCUUUGUGGCAGUAGUAAGAAUACAAAAUCUGCAUCCAGUAGUAAUUUAAUGUGUAGUGCAGUGGCAAACCGUUUUCAGGAAAGUAUUAUAUGCAUUUCUUUCCACAGUUUCGCAAUGUGUAAAGUAGCAAAACUGUUAGCUGUAGUUUAUGCAAAUGAUGCAUAUUUGAGCAGUCACAAUCAAAUGUAGUUUAUUUUUUAAUAAAUCAAACUCUAUUCCAAAUUAAAAAAAACUCAGUUCCUAAGCUGCACUGUAUUGGUUCAUCUUGUAGGAUAUCCAGUCAGUGUAUAAACUGUUCUUUUAUGAGAACAUUAUUAUUUCUGUUCUAGACAGCUGUAUUUGUAUAUUUUGGAUGUAUUAAUAUCCUUUUUACAUGUAUGAAAUCUGCCCGUGAAUUUGUACAGGUUAUUGACAAGAUUGCCUUAUAUUUAUUUAUUUUUUUAGUUUGUAUUAUUUGUUUAUUCCCUAAAGUAUAUCAAAGUAAUGACAUUUAAAAAGAAAUUACUCAGUUUAGACAUGUUUACUGUGGUGUCCUCUACCAUUUAUAUAUUCAUUAUUCUGGUAUAUUUCUCAUGUCAUGCAUAAUUUGCAGAACAUAUUUUUUCCAUACUUACAACAUUUCAGAAAAAAUAUAUAUAAAAACUUCUAAAGGAAGAAAUUGGAAGACAAAUCCUUUAGCUCAGUAGAACAAUUUUAAUUUUGACAUUGAAGUACACAGUUUUCAUCCCUACACCCUUUGUGGACACAGUGUGACACAGACUUAGAAAACUAAGCUUUAUAUUUGUGUAACACAGUACAUCUACGCAACAUUUCAUUUGCAUACUCUUAAAAAAUAUCAUUGUCUUUUUAGAGUAAUUUAUGGAAAUAAUUUGUGAAGGAUGUUUUGAUCUGGUCUGAAAAGGUUCAUCUUCAUCAGUGUUUGGAACAAGGCUAGCAAUGUUAGGCAGUUUGGCAUCUGAAACUUUCCCAGGCUAUUAGCCUGUCCUUUUUUCAUUUAAUGCUCUGUAAAACAACGUUUUCCCUAGAUCUCUUUUACCAUGCAUCGUGCUAAAGCAACAGAGAAAUUAAACUAGGCUACUUACAGAAAAUUCAUUAUUUUUUAUGGGAAAACAUUUGCGUUUUGUUUCUAAAUUUAUUAUUAUAUCUGCCAGUCAUUCUGGCCUCUUUGGCCACUCCUGUAAGAUCUUUGACCUAGAGUACCUCUUUGGAAUCAGCUUCCUCAACCUUGAGAGCUGAACCCAUAGUUAUUACAGACAAUUUGACAAAAAUUGAAGAUGACAAAAAAGUAUAAACUGACAACUUGAGAGAGUUAUUGCCUUAUUGAUGCUUCAAAAAUUUCUGUCAGUGUGUUAAUAAAAUCAUAGAAUGUACAAGGCAACUGGGCCCAAUAACCACUUGCACCUUGACCAUACUCACCCUUGGGCCUUGCUUUCUUUUUCAAGGAUAGGCUGGCCAGUCAUGCCAGUGGUAUAUUUGUGGAUAUCCAUCCAGUUGUCUGACUCCUUUUUGAAGGAAGAAAGUCUCACAUUGCUUAAUUCAGAGGGGAAGUUUGUUCCACGGAAGGGGUAAGCAUCGCAUAACAAACACCAUGUUUUGUGUAUUUGCUGAAGCAAGUUUCAGAUCCCUGGUUGUGGUUUUAGUGAGACUGAUUUGUGAAGAUAUGAGGUGGAGUAGUGGAUCCCUAGUGGCCUGAAAGGCUAGGCACAGAUUGCCCCCAACGAAUCUAUAGCACAGAGAAUAAAGUGACAGUGCUUCCAGCCUCUUCUGGCAGCUCUUGUCUCUUAAGCCUGUGAUAAUUUUUUUUUUUUUUUGUGGACCUCUGGGAGCUUUCCAGUUGCUUGAUAUGCCUGCUAAGAUGAAUCCUAAAAGGGGCAUUGUAUUUGAUAAUAGGUCUGUUCAAUGCAGACUGCAGAGGGGUAAGAACAACUUUGGAUUUAGAUGAAAUACCUUUUGCAAUCAACAGCAUCAGUUAAAAAAGAUAUCCUCACAUCUGUUGCAACAUGAUGGUCUAAACAAGGGAAUUAUCUACCCACGUUCCAAGUUCUGUCACCAUUUUCAUUAUGAAGCGGGGUGUUGUCUAUAGUGUAAGAUGAAUGAAGGGAUUGUUUACGAAAUGUGAUGAUAUUGUAGUUUAGCAUUUAGUUUUAAUUCAUUUUUGAGCAUCUCUUGUGAACAUGUGUGAGGUCCUGUUGGCACGCCUGUGUAUCGGGCGGAGGGGGGGGGCGGGACUUGAGGAUGACACCAAGUAUGCAGUCAUCCUCAAAGUUGGUUAGCCAGAGGUCCCUAUUUGUAAUUGGGAGAUCUGCGAAGUAUAUGCUAAGUAGUACAGAUCUCAGUACAGAUCCCUGAGGAACAGCACUGGUCACUUUCAUGUUUACUGAGGAUGCACCUACCGCCCUCAGUACAUGGGUUCUGUUCGUCAACCAAUUUACUGUUCACCUAAGCUGAUAAACAUUAGUUGUGGUCAAGCUUUUGUAUUUUCUGCCUCCAUGUACCCUAAACACAAUGUGCAUUGUUAAGAGUCUGUGUCCAGUUAUUUAUCCUAGUAUAUCAAGGAACUUCCACCCUCCAUCCUGUCCUGAAUGGAGUUGGCAGCUAUUUUCACAUCUAGAUAUUGCUGGAAAAUUAUAUUUUGUUUUCCUCCACCUUUCCAGUAUUUAGGGGAGGUAUUUGGGAAGUGUAUAAAUAAAUAGUUCUACUUUAUUUGUUACUUUCUGAUAGACCAAGCAAAAGAAUGGUUAUGGAGUUCAGCACUGUGAUCUCUAUGAUCUUGGUUAAAUUAUAUUAGUAGUGAUAAUUUUUUAGGAUUUCCUGACAUGUACCCGGAGUUUACAGGCUUGUAUGAGAAGUCAGCAGGUGUGUUUCCCUCUAUAUUUUUUCAGGAAAGAGGUAUUUUCCAUUUCUGUGACUCAACUUUUAAAAUAAGCUAAGUUCUUAUGUGGAGCUUUCAGAAGUUUGUUCAUUUCUCAUUUGCAUAUUCCAAUAACCUCCAUUCUGUAGGUAUUUUUUUUCCUUUAGGGAUAAGUUUUUUUGUUUUUUUUUUUAUAUUGGCUAGACCACCAUUUUACCUCCUGUUGCUACAUGGAAAUGUUGAGGGCAGAUUAAUAGUCCAUGUUUGGUACCUGCUGUCUUCUAUACUACUUAGAUUUGAUUGCAGGGUAUUACUGAGGCAAACCCCACCUCCAUUCUUCUCUUAUUUUUACCCUUUACAAGUAACUAGUCCCAGAUUUACUAUGCACGACCUGACUCUGAUUCUGCUGAAUUAUCCUUCAUACAAAUGUUUGCUUACAUUCUUGAAGAUCUUGCAAUGCCCAUUUGCCAUGUGAGCUUUAACAAACAACCCCCUUGAAAACAAGACCUCCACAUUUCAAGGUGAGAUCAGAAGACCGGCACCUUUCUGGAUGUUAAUGCUCAAAUUGACAGUAUCCUUCUCUGUGUACUAUAACAUGUAGUUGAAAUGUAAUUCCAGCCCAUAUUGUACUGUAACUGGAUUCCGACAGUGUCGGAUUCUCCUGAGUCACUAAGUCUCAGUAUCAGGACUGUCUGAAGGGCCUUAACCACACCAGUGCCCUUUUCUUAGAGCUUGUUUCCUUAUCUCGUCUGUAGUUCAUUCUGUGUAACCUCACCAGUGUUGAUAACCACUGUAUCUGGAACACUGACCAGGUACAAAUUCUGCUGUUAGCAGUACAUUUUAGUUUCUUUAUGAUAGUAUUUAUUUUCCUCCUUACUACUCAGUGGACAGUGAAAUACCUGUAGACCAGAGGGACAGUACACCCCCCCACCCUUUUUUUCCUUUGGUUCUACACAGUACAUGCUUCAGCCUUUGGACUGUUCUUUUGAGCCAUCAUAACCUUUUCUUUCCCUCUCUUCUUGUGGACAAAUAAGUCCCUACAGAUAUUACUCUCGCAUGGUUUUGUAUCUUUCUGUGCUGUCCUUUUCAACUUGAUCCUUUUUAUGGACAAAUUUUCCCCUUGUCUUUGAAAAUUUGCUUGAUUCUAGUUUUUCCCUUGCCUUUAAACAUUAUCUGUUGUAGUAAAGCCUCUUCUUGGAAUCAUACUGCCCUUGUCCUUGCUCGGUCAGGCCAGCCACUGCAUUUGCAGCUGAGUAAAUCACCCUUCUAACGACCCUUGGUUUUUGGUUCUUUUAUCAGUUUGAAGAUUCCAUUAUUUCUUUAUUUACAGAUUUUUGACAUUUUUCUUCAUUGGUCUUGGAAGUGACAAAUCUCUACUAUAUUUGUGCUUGAUUUGGGACAGUAUCCAUAGACUGACCUUCACUUGGUUCAACUUCUGUAUCAAAACUUGCAGAGGCACAGGUAUAUGUGUGUAUACCUCUUGCUUAGAAAUAUACUGGCUGCCAUGGAUAUAACCUUUAUUACCUUUAGUCCAGCACAGUAGACAAAGAGAAUAUUAGUAAAACUUUUCAAGUCCUUUAGAAUGUCCUGUUGAUUUUCUGUCCUUUAUCCUUCAAUCCAUUUUACCAUCCAGCUCCAAAUCAUGGAUUAAAAAUGAAUUUCAGGUAUUCCUUAAAGUUUCAGAAUGGCAGUUAAACCAUUAGAGGAGAUUCCUGAUGUCUUUUUGUUCUCCUCACUGGAGACUGAAUCUUGAACCCUAAACUAGCUGACAGUAGAAGUCUGGCUGUGCUAACUUAAUAUUAAGAUGCAUUUAUUUCUGGUGCUAUGAGUCAUUUUCCAAACUAACUCUAUCUGUCAGCCUGUGGGUUAGCAACAUUUUCUGAAGUGUAUUUAACCUUCAUAUCCAUAGUGUAAUGCAUGUUUCCAAAAUUAGAGCAAUAGUUUUGUUUGUUAUUGACAUAUGGCUGUCUUGGUUGCACUUCAGUUUUUAUUCAACUCAGUUUCAGUUGAUGUACUACAAGUGUUCAGUAGUCCAGUGUAUUUAGUCAGCCAGUCCAUCCCAUUACUUCUUUAUCUUGUCUGUUAGUGUUCCACACUCAUGCAACUAAUCUAAUAUAGAUCUGAUCUCUGACCGAAGGUCUCUCUGAUGUGUUAUAAUUAAGAACAUCAUCCAAAGAGAUCUCUUCCUGCCCUAACUAUAAUGACUAGGGAGUUUGAAGAAUCCCUCUGCCUUUGUAAGACAUUUUAAGUUCUAGUGAGCCAUUCUUUGGCAUGCCCUUGGACAUGCCAUCAAUCAUUAUAAGGUCAGAACUCUGAUUAGUGGAGGAAGACAGACCUAGUUCUUCAGAUAUAUCAUUAUGGUUAGCAUCUAGAACAGUUUCUUAUUCCUGUAUGACUACCUUCCUUCCUUCCUUUGUCCGCUUCUGUUUGUUCAAGAGGUUCUUUUCAAGGAGUCUUUUUUUUUCUUCAUGGUUUUCUUGUUUGUUCUACCUUAGUGUGGGCCUGUAGAGAUCUGGAGAAGGCUUAUGCUGCACAGAGGAUCGUGGAAAAAAAGGGGGGGGUGUUUGAAGUGCUGUGCCUCACUGAGUCUUGCUGGUCUCAGGUCUUUGCAUAGAGGAAGAUGGACAUCUGUCAUUAUGGUAAGUAUAUAGCUUACAUUUCCCUACGUCAGAAUGUCCAUCAGAGUUCUAUAGCAGAUUUUGAAAGUUCAGUGAUCCCAUCUGGCAAUUCGCCAUGAUAUAUGUUAAGAUUUCUAGAGUUUGUAGUUGCGUUUAAAGUCGUGGUAUCCCAAUUCAAACCCAUCUCUGGACAGUCCAUUCCAAGUUCCUUCUCCUGUAAUGUCCGUCACCAUGGACACUUCUGCCAUAGGUUGGGUACACUGUCAAAGAUAGACUGAUGAUAGUGUGUGCUCACAGACAGUGGCAGUUUACAGAUAAAUGGGAGAUGAAGGUAGUCCCCACUGUUGCAUAGCAGUCAAUAAUAAAGUGACAGGGAGAUGAUGUACAAACAGGCAAGAGAGAAUUCACUCCUAUAUCUGUCUGCCUUGAAGCAGUGAGGGUAUGGACUAUGCCAAAAAACACUUUCUGAUUACCAACCACAUUUCUAGGGAAAUCAUUUCUCUGAUGGACAGUGCAAUCACUGCUUACUGGUGCCUCAUAAGUGGUGUCUCAGCCUGUCAGCAGUGAGGAAGAUCUUGUAUUGCUGGCAGAUGCCUCUGCUGUAACUUCUUUGCAUCCCCAACUAACACCAAAAUGUAGCAACUUCUUUCUGCUCAUCCCUCUGCUGGGGGCACAUCCCUGGGAUGGAGUUGUCCAGAAAUGGGCUGCUUUACAAUUUUCCCAUUAGUCUGAAAACCAUGCAAAAAGCCUGGUAUAACAAGUCCAAAACCAUUCUCAUAGUCCCAUUUUGGCUUCAACUACAAAUGUUUUCUCUGCUGAGGCAUCAGAACCCAGCUUGACCCAUUCAUCCAGCAAUCCUUACAUAGACCUUCACUUCAUCCAUCUAACCUCAUCAUCAUUCCAGUUCUAAUAAUGGACAGGGACUCUUACCCUGCCAGGGCAGUCCAAAUACUCACCUCUGCCCAGAGGCCUAAUGCAAGGAACAUCUACAACAGUAAAUGGACACUUUUUCCUGUGUGUCCUACUUCUAAAUUUUGAAUCCCUUCACCACUUCAGUGCAAGCAGUGCUAGGUUAUAUGCCUCAGAAUUAAGCUAUUUCUCCAUUAAGGUGCACUGCGCUACCUUCUCUGAUUUUCAUCAAGAUUGCAAUUGUUUAUCACAAGCAUCUCUGAAGAUUUGAAAAGUCUUUUUAAGAGGCAGUUACCUUAUUUGACCUCCUGUAAUUGAUCCUCUCUCUCUCUCUCUCUCUCUCUCUCUCUCUCUCCAUGGUAUUUGUAGGUAGGUUUUUAAAAUCAGUUCUUCCACUUUUUGAAGCCAUUCCUACUUGAGUUGAAAUAUUUAUUAUGGAAAACACUUUUUAGUGAUGAUUAUUUCAGCUAGAAGAAUGUCUGAGUUGCAGACAUUAUAAGUGAGUCCUCCAUACUUAAUUUUCCUGAAGGAUAACUUGCCAUUACAUUUAUGCCUAAAACCGCCACUAUGGCAUGUCGGAGUCACUCUGUAAACUUAUUGUAUUCUUACCUAAUUACUAUCACAGGAGAGAAAUAUUAGUUAUAUGGUGUAAAUGUCCAGGAAGAGCAGAUUUUAUUUGGGUAGGACCAAGUCUUUACGGAAAGACACAAAAUUAUGUCCUUUUAUAAUAAGUACUCAGUUUAUAAAGUUACUUUAUCCAGAUGGUGGUCUAUAUUGAAUUAUUAGAAUCCUCAUAAAUCUUUGCUUUUUGUUCCUAGAGCUUACUCAAACAGUGGAAUGUAUGUCACUCAAGCAAUUUUCAAAAAUACAUCCUUAGAUAUUUUUGAAAAAAACUACAUGGACUUUACUGAAUACCUUUUAAAAACACUACAGGCUAGAUGUGAUGUAUAGGUCUUCCUUUAACAUCAUAAUCACCAGACAUAAUGUUCCCAUGAAGAUCACCGCCUAAGGGAAUAAGCCCUGGAACACACUCCUGUUAAGGAUGGCCCUCCUUCCCAAUAUGAAAGUUGCAUUCUUACCAUAAUGUUAAACCGGGAUGUUCAGGUCCGCCCUCAACCAUACCCACACUCCAUCCUCAGUUACAUUCUUAACCAUAAUGUUAGAUGGGGAUGUUCAGGUCUGCUGUUAUAACCAUACUCACACUCCAUCCUCUUGCAUUCUUUCUGACAUGACCUUGAGGUCUGUUAUCUAUUAUUCUCAUUUUCUGCUCCACCUUAAUGUAGCAUGGCAUAUCGUAGAGAGGAACCAAUUUUGUAAAGCCAUUUGGUUUAAUGAGAGGACUAAUAGCCUAGGAAAGUUUCAGGUGCUAAACUGCCCACUACAGUGUUGGCCUUAAUUCUGUUGUUGAAGGUGAUGGACCUUCUCGUCCAGCGCUAGCAUUAUAGUAAUUAUUUAGCUCUUGUUUAUUUCUACCUUUUGUUAUUUAAUCAGUGAACUAAGAGUAUUUUUGCACAGUUGUGGAAAAAUGCACAAAAAUCCGUGAUAGUUUCCAUGUAAUAAAGUAUAACUUACAUUGUCUUGAUAUAUCUCGUGUGUUAUGUAGUAUGUGUGUAUGCAUUAAAGUGACAAGUUAUUGUAGGGUGGCAAACACAUAGCAUGUUGUCUUCAUCUGUACUGUAAUCAGUGUUGUAAAUUAUAAUAAAACAAUUUCAGUUGAACCCAGUCUUAAA